GGGAUGGACCGCUCGCGUACUCACACUCAUACAGCGUGCGACGAUUCAAAGAACUCGUUUGUUAUCGGUGAAUCAAUUUAGCAAUAGGUACGCACGGCGCGGUGUUUCAUUCGAUUGCUCGUAUAGUACAGGAGAUAUUUCUUUCGCGCAUAAAUAACCGCUACUCGAGGGUGAAUAUUUUCGCAGCGAAUUUUCGCUGAUUUUUCUCGCCCUGUCCGUGUCUCGUAGCAGCCUUCGGUUGCUACUUUGUCAGACGUCAACGGCGGCGGUGAUCGUCAGUUGGUUGCUGCGGGGUGGUUCGUGCGGUUCGACUCGAGCGAGGAGUACACAGCCGCUAUAACGAAUACGUGCAUACGUGCAUACGUGAGGGGACACAGAGAAAGAAAUUCACCCGUGUGCACUAGCAGGGGGAAGUUUUAACACACGCACACCGCUCAGUCCCCGUCCGCCAGAAUUCAUUCGCCGGUCCGACGAGAACGAUACGCGAGACGCAUCGCGCGCAACGGACAAGGGGAUAAUAUAACGUUAAUUUACACGGGCUUCGAAUACGAAUUUAACGCGUCAAAAUGGCCGGGGAAAAGCGUAGUCAAGAUCAGGACGAGUCCCUGUUGAAGCAGAACGUUAUCAUAGUUGAUAUCGAAGGAACAACGACGAGCAUAACUUUUGUUAAGGAGACACUAUUUCCUUACAUCCGAGAGAACGUUAAAAAAUACAUCGACGCUAAAUGGGAGGAGGCAGAGUUUAAACGUGAUUUAGAAAAACUCAAGGAACAGGCCAAGAAAGAUGAAGAAGACAAGAUUGAAGGCCUUGUGCCAAUUACUGGUUCUACCACCGAUGAGGAAAAGGAAUCAGUUGUUAAGAAUAUUUUGUGGCAAAUGGAUGGAGAUCGAAAAACUGGAGCCUUGAAGCAGUUGCAGGGUCAUAUAUGGCGCGAAGCUUAUGACUCUGGCAAUGUCAAGGGACAUGUAUACGAAGAUGUACCGGAAUGUCUCAAAUCUUGGAAAAAUUCCGGGAAGAAAGUGUACAUAUAUUCAAGUGGAAGUGUCGAGGCACAGAAACUGCUUUUCGGACACAGCAAAUGCGGGGAUCUGCUUGAGUAUUUCAGUGGCCAUUUUGAUACUGGAGUUGGAAUGAAACAAGAGGCUACAAGCUACAAAAAUAUUUUGGAUCAGAUAAAAGCCGAGGCCAGCGACGUCAUUUUUCUCACCGACAUUGUAAAAGAAGCCAAAGCUGCCAAGGAAGCUGGACUUUCUUCAAUCAUCAUGAUUCGCGAAGGCAACGCUCCAUUGAGUGCGGAGGAGAAGAUUGAGUUCAGAACUGCGACGUCAUUUUUGGACUUGUCAUUCGUGAAUGCAGCCAAACGCCAGAAGUUGGACAUGUCUGAAGUUGUCAAGGAGGAGUCUAUAGCAAAGCCGACAGCUGAGGAAAAGAUGGAUAUAUCUGAAGACGUUGAAAUGACUGAUGUCAGUGAGAAAGGUAAUGAUUCAAAAGUUGAGUCAGCGGAUACAAAAGCGGAAGGGGAGGAAAAGAAGGAUGACAAGGAAACAAAUGAAAUUGAAGAAAACAAGAACACUGAUGUCAAAGCAACAGUGUCUGUGACUACUGUGGAGAAAGACGAAGCCAUGGAGACUGAUGGAAAAUCUGAAGUUGUAAAACAAGUGGAUGAAACUGUCCCUGAUGCUAAGCCUGUGGAAGAAAAGAAGGAGGAAAAGAUCGAGGUAGUUGAAAGUGAAAAAGAUAAUUUGAAAGUAAGCAAAGAUGAUGAAAAAUCUGAAGGGGUCUGCGAAACGGUUGAAAAAGAAAAUGGUAAGAAAAGUGGAGAACAAACUCUGGAAAAGAAUAACGCUGAUGAGGCUAAUAGAACUACACUUACCGAUAGUCAGAAAACUGAACUCUUAGAGAAAAAAGUCGAAUUGUCUGAGGAGAAACCUGAUUCUAUCAAAACGGAGACAAAUAGCAAGGCGGUCAACGAAUCAAUGGAACUGGUCGCCUCGACAAAGCCAGAUGAAACCUGUUCAAAAAUUUUGGACGAUGUGAAAGAGACUAAGACCGAAGGUUCUGAAGAAAGUUCUGAAAUUUUAAAUAACAAGUUAGAAGCGGAGUCUGAGAAAUCCGAAAUGGAAUCGAAACCCGCAGCUGAAGAAAGUCGCGUUGAAGUCGAUGUACCUUUAACAAAGGAACCUGAGAAGAGUGAUGCAAAGAUAGAAAAAAUGGCAGCAGAAUCAGAGAAAAUCAGCAUGCAAACUAACAAAGUAUUAAAAACGAACGAGGAAUCUGCUAUAAAGGCGGAUCAAACAGUGACCAAGGGAGUGGUUAAAGAAAAUGGAAUGGCAAAGACUGAGGAGCCGUCUAAGACUGAUGAUCAAAACGUGGCAGUUGAGAACAAAGACAGCUCAGAUGUUGUAAAAAAGACUGAAUCCAAAGCUGAGGAAACUGUAGCUAAUUCAACAAAAGAGUUGGAAAGUAAUAGCAAAGAUGCAAUUAAGGCUGAAACAAACCUCGUUGCCGAGGCAAAGAAAGAAACUGUGGCUAAGGAUGUGGGUCUAGAAGAAGGAGAAAACAAAGAAUUCAAGAAAGAAGGUUCAAAGAAUGAGGAAGAACCUACGACAGAUGCGAAAAAAACGAAUGGCACAACACAGAAUGGGGAAACUGUUACGAAAGACGAAAAUAAAAAGAUACACACGAAUGGGGUGAAUGAAGCAUGCAGCAGCGAGUCAGCCGAGGUAAAAACGAAUAAAGAUAUGUCGUCGCAGAAGAGAGAACCUGAGAGUUCAACCGAUGCUAGUGCAGAGUCUAUAAAGGUUAAAAAAGUCGUUGAUUCAACAGUGGCGGAUGGCGCUGGAGAACCUGAUGUAUCGCCGGCUGUAGUAGUAGCCGCAACGUCCUAAUUUC